GAAGUGCCGCCGCAGACCGACUGUCCACUCCCGACGCGACAACGACGACGACGCUGGGCCAGCCAUGGACGCCGAGCAGUUCAGAGAGUUCGCCAAAGCCACCGUCGACUACGUCGCCGACUACUUGGAGAACAUCCGGGACAGGCCUGUGUUACCUGAUGUUACACCUGGUUUCAUGAGUAAGCUGCUACCAUCUGAGGCACCAUAUGAACCAGACACAUGGCAAGAUGUCAUACAUGAUGUAGAGCAUGUCAUUAUGCCUGGAGUUACACAUUGGCAGUCUCCAAGUUUCCAUGCAUUUUAUCCAACAUCACUUUCCUACCCUGCAAUUGUGGGAGAAAUUCUGAGUGCUGCAAUUUCUGGUGUUGGAUUUAGCUGGAUUGCAAAUCCAGCUAGCACUGAACUUGAGGUAAUAGUCAUAGACUGGCUAGGAAAAAUGUUGGGUUUGCCAUCAGAAUUUCUACCAUCAUCUGAUGGGCCAGGAGGUGGUGUCAUACAGGGUUCUGCCAGUGAGGCUACGCUGAUUGGUCUGCUGGCGGCAAGAGAGACUGCAGUGCGUAAAGCUAAAGCCCUCAACCCACACUUAAAUGAAGCUGAAUUAAGAGGAAAAUUCGUUGCUUACAGCUCUAAUCAGAGUAAUUCAUCAGUGGAAAAAGCUGGCCUCUUGGCAGCUGUUCCAAUGAAGUUACUUCCAUCAGACAACAAAUGCCGAAUGCGAGGAAACACACUUUUGAAACAAAUACGUGAAGAUCGUGCUAAUGGUCUCAUCCCAAUAUAUGUUGUAGCAACCUUUGGAACAACAGGAACUUGUGCCUUUGACCCAGCUGAUGAACUUGGACCCAUAUGCAAUGAAGAAGGCAUAUGGCUUCACAUAGAUGCUGCAUAUGCAGGUGCUGCCCUAGUUUGUCCUGAGUUUAGGCAUUUAAUGUCAGGAAUUCACUAUGCAGAUUCUUUCAACUUCAACCCACAUAAAUGGAUGCUUACUAACUUUGACUGUUCUGCUAUGUGGUUGAAGGAUGCAACAGAACUUAGCAAGAGUUUCUGUGUAGAGCGCAUUUACCUUGAACACAAGAUGCAGGGGAAAAAACCUGAUUAUAGACAUUGGCAGAUUCCCCUUGGACGACGGUUCCGUGCACUGAAGUUGUGGUUUGUUCUACGCCUGUAUGGAAUUCGUGGGAUUCAGGACAUAAUCCGAAAACAUGUGCAGCUGGCUAAAUAUUUUGAAACACUUGUCAGAGCAGAUCCUCGCUUUGAGAUUCCCUGCGACCAAAGUAUGGGUGUUGUGUGUUUCCGUUUGAAGGGUCCUGAUGAGCUGACCAGAGACUUAGUUGCACAGCUUACAGCACGAAGGAACAUUUACUUGAUUGCAGCAACUGUCAAUGAACAGAUUGCAGCACGAUUUGUUGUAUGUAGUACUGUGACAGAAGAGAAGGACAUUGUAAAAUCAUGGCAGGAAAUUUUGUAUGUUGCAAAUAAGAUACUGGACUCCAAUGCUGAUGAUAUGAGUGUUAAAAUUGUAGAAAAGGUUUAAAAUAUAUUUGAAACAUAUGUGGGUCAUGUAUUUUACAACAGACUGUAUACUAUGAAAUAUGUAUAACAUUUUUAGCUUUAAUGCAACUGUGUGUUUCACAUACUGCACCAUCACAAAAAAUAAAAUAAAAUAAAAAUAUAACAAAAACAUAAAAGGCCUCAUACAGCAAGUAUUGUAAGAUGUCACAUACUGUUAAUAUAUAAAUCAUUGACGAGAAGAAUGUUUUACAUAAAAUGUUUUCUUGGUUAAACACUGCUACAAUCUCUCUCUCUCUCUCUCUCUCUCUCUCUCUCUCUCUCUCUCUCUUGUUACACUUUUGGAAUGGGCUAUGCUGAUUUGUUAUGACCCUAUCAAGCAUCUUCAACAAACUCCCAUUACACAUACAAUAAGAAACUGAGGGCCACUAUAAAUUCAAACAAAAAUUAACUUACCUGCUUAUAAUUUAAUAGCAUAUACAGUCCAGAAGCACUCAAUGAAUAAAGGGAUGCUGAUCACUGGCAAGACAAUGGCAGAUUUUAGGGAAUGCUAAGAAAAGGAUUACUGUGGUGAAGUUUUCAGUGAGUGCAAUACUACCUCUAAUUUUUAAAAUAUUUGUUUGAUUAAUUAUUUUUACUAUUUCCCCAAAAAAUUAACUUAAUGCAGCACUAGGUAACCAUUAUGAAAACACUGGAUCACUACAGGUAAUCACAAAAAGCUCAUCCAUGAAAUAGCCAGAAUGAGUAACUACCCACAAAUACUUUCAUAUCAUAAAUAUUGCUGAAACAUAUGAAUAUAAGUUGUAUAAAUUCCAAGAACAUGCUCAUAGCUGUCCAUUUGAAAACUGACAGCUAAGACAAUAAAAUGAAAUCAGCAC